GUGCUCUGAGUAAAGAUAGGACCCACGUUCUUCCAGUGCACCCAUAAAACUUGGAAGAGUCAAAGAGGACACACAAAGGAACAACAAACGAAAGUCAACAAUCAACAUGUUUUCAAGGGGUAGAAGUAGUGACAUUGGUGGUGCAAAGGUGGCUGAAUGGGAAUUACGGCCAGGAGGCAUGGUGGUGCAAAAGCGUAAUUCAGAUGUGAAUCUAAAUUCUACAUCUUCAUCCACCAUCAAAGUCAAAGUGAAGUAUGGUUCAUCCUAUCACGAAAUUGGUAUCAGUUCUCAUGCAAGUUUUGGAGAAUUGAAGAAAAUGUUGACAGGACCCUCGGGGUUGCAUGCUCAGGAUCAGAAGCUGAUUUUCAAGAAAAAAGAGAGAGAUUCAAAGUCAUAUCUUGAUGUUGAGAGGGUCAAAGAUGGGUCCAAAUUGGUGCUGCUUGAGGACAUUGAGAGUAGAGAAAGAAGAAUACUUGAAAUGUUAAGAAUUGCUAAGAAGGAGAAGACUUCAAAAUCCUUGAGCAAAAUAAAGCUUGAGGUUGAUAAACUCGCCAACAAGGUUGCUGUCUUGAAGAAUGUUGCUUCUGGAGGUGGGGUAGCAUCAGAGUUAGAUAUAGAGAGUUUGACUGAAAAUUUGAUGAGAAUAUUGAUUACAUUGGAUGAAAUUUAUGGUGAGGGUGAAUUGAAAUUGCAAAGAAGAGAGCAGGUUAGGAGAGUUCAGAAGCACAUUGAGACUCUAGAUAAGUUGAAGAUGCCAAGGGCAAACUCUACUCCACUGAAAAAUGGAGAUAACAUGCCAUGGGAGAGCAUGGUGCAUUUUGGAGUUCACAUGCAAGGGAGGCAGGGAAAUAAUGUAGUAGAAAGAAAUCCUAAGAAGCAGCAACCACAUUCUGACUCAGUUGUAGUAACAACAUAUUGGGAAGCUUUUGAUUGA